AAGAUCAAGGAGAAAAAAACAAAUCCAUGGAAGAAAAGAAGAAGGAAGCAGAGAGAACCCAAUGGACAGCAAAACUAGGUGGAAGGGAGGAAAAGAAGGGCAUAGACAGAAAAGAAGAGAGAACAGCCUCAAGAACGGAUAGUGCUCUGAUUUGUCCUGAUUCCUUCCCCAGCUCCCCAUGAAGGGCCAGACCCAGAUGGAGGAUGGGGAGAAAAAAGCCAGAAAGAAAAUAGAAUGAAGGAAGGAAGGAAAUAGGGAUGUCAGAAAAUUUGAAGCAUCCUAACAUGGUGUGGGAAGUGAAGACGAAUCAAAUGCCUAAUGCAGUACAGAAACUCCUGUUUGUAGUGGACAAGAGAACUUCAGGGAUGAGUGAGUCAUUGGAGUUACUGAAAUGUAAUGAGAACCUGCCAUCUUCUCCUGGAUAUGCAUCCUGUGAUGAGCACAUGGAGCUUGAUGAUCUUCCUGAACUACAGGCUGUUCAGACCGAUUCUACCCCAACUGCGCUCUUUCAGCUUGGUACAGAUGUUUCACAUCAAGAAUAUUCAGGGCCUUCAUGGAACCAGCAUACCUCAAAUAACAAUUCAGAAAGUGCUUAUUCUUGUGAGAAUGGGGUGAACUGGUUGACAGAACUGGCAAACAUAGCCACUAGUCCACAGAGUCCUCUCAUGCAGUGUUCUUUUUAUAAUAGAUCAUCUCCUGUUCAUAUAAUAGCAACAAGCAAAAGUUUACAUUCCUAUGCACGUCCUCCACCAGGAUCCUCAAAGAGUGAUUCUAGCUUCUCUAAGCAUCACUUAGAUGAAACACCAGUCAGACAUGAAAGGGCAAGUAGUGAAUCAGAGUCUGGUAUUUUCUGCAUGUCGUCGCUUUCAGACGACGAUGAUCUAGGAUGGUGCCACUCUUGGCCCUCAACUGUUUGGCACUGUUUUUUAAAAGGCACACGUUUAUGUUUUCACAAAGGACACAACAAAGAAUGGCAGACAGUUGAACAUUUUGUUACAGCUGAAGGCUGUGAAAAUGAGGACGAUCUCCUAAUGGGAACUUACAAGGACUAUGGUUCUGAUGGUUUGAAGUUGAUAUCUCACGAAGAAAGUAUUUCAUUUGGUGAGUCAGUAUUGAAGUUGACAUUUGAUCCUGGUACAGUGGAAGAUGGCUUACUCACCGUAGAGUGCAGAUUGGAUCACCCAUUUUAUGUUAAAAAUAAAGGUUGGUCGUCUUUCUAUCCAAGCUUGACUGUGGUUCAGCAUGGCAUUCCAUGCUGUGAAAUGCAUAUUGGAGAUCUGUGUCUACCUCCAGGACACCCCGAUGCCAUUAACUUUGAUGAUUCAGGUGUUUUUGAUACGUUUAAAAGUUAUGAUUUUACACCAAUGGAUUCUUCUGCAGUUUAUGUAUUAAGCAGCAUGGCUCGUCAGCGUCGCGCUUCUUUAUCUUGUGGAGGAUCGGGCAGUCAAGACUUUGAGAGAUCAGAAUGCAGUAAAAACUGUGUGUCUGAUGGAUCAUCACAGCUUUCCUCCAGUUCUUUGUGUAGUAAAGCUGGCAAAAGCCACAGCUCAGGGACUGCAAGUACUAUGAGUGCCACUUCUCCUAACAAAUGCAAAAGACCAAUGAAUGCCUUCAUGCUUUUUGCCAAAAAGUACAGAGUCGAAUAUACUCAGAUGUAUCCAGGGAAAGAUAACAGAGCCAUAAGUGUGAUACUUGGUGACAGGUGGAAGAAAAUGAAAAAUGAAGAAAGACGGAUGUAUACGCUAGAAGCCAAGGCUUUGGCUGAAGAACAAAAACGUUUAAAUCCUGACUGUUGGAAACGGAAACGAACAAAUUCAGGCUCACAACAACAUUAAAUCAGAAUUUUACUGUUAACUAUAUUUACAAAACGGCUGACACUUGGAGAGAUUUAUGAAGAUCAAGGUCUUACCAUUUGUUGUGAAUUUGUGAGACCACAAAAUGCUGGCAUUAUCAAGUCAGAAAAUGAUUUAACAUGAGUGAGGAUUUGCUUUUUACAAUAGAGCAUUCAGUAACCUAAAACUAUCAACAUUUUAAACCAAAUUGCCUUAUUUUUCUUCCAAACUUCAUAUAUGUCUAUCAGGUAAUAUAGGCUUGAAAAUGGAUAUCCUGUGGUGCUAAGUAAAUUAGGAAAAAGAAGAGGAGAUGUGUAUAAAUGUGUUUUUUUUUAAAUGUACAAAAAGGGGAAUUUUAAAAUAUGUAACAGCUGUUUAUACAUUGAUUUCUAUUGCUGAUUAAUAUGUAUUGCACAAGCCAUAUAAUUAAUUAUGAUUCUGGGAGCUGGGAUUUCCUGAAAUGGCAAAAAGCAUUAGUACCAACCUGUGAACUCCCAGUCUGCCCCAUGCCAACAAGCUACCAGAUUGUGGUAAGUGGACAGUGUAGUGUACCAUAGCAGGAGAGUUGCCUAGUGGGGUGCCACAUGUAAAAUUUAUAUCCAUGGUGUGAUGUUUUUGCACCAGCUGACAAUACUGUGGGCUAUUAUUUCCAAUGGAAAUAAUGGCUUGGGUCAGGAUGAAAUGAAUUAAUAGCAUUGCAUUAUCUCAAGAAAAUAUUGCAAAUGAUAAUUGUCACCAUUGUACUUCUAACUUUGUGUUUUGUCUCCUCUGCCACAUAUUCUAUGAUUAUAUUUUAUUUUGCCAUAAUAUAUGUUUAUGGUGGGGGCAAACUUUGCACUUACGUAGGUGCAACACUUGCACUUUACUUUUUUCCUCCAACUGUCUAAAAUCAGACCAGAUACAUUAGAAUUACAGCUGCUUUUGCUGUAAACUUUUACAAUCAUGGCUUUUCAUGUUACUAAACACGCAGUGUGUUUCUUUUUUAAGAAUCACAACUGUAAAUUAAUUGUUCAUGACAUGUCUACAGGAUGUUGCCCCUAAGAUUUUUGCACACUAUAUUCUUGUAUAUUAUUUCAAAUAAAUUUGUAAAACUUG